AUAUAGCACAGACAGCUCAAAGAGCACAGGGCUGUUGCUGUUGCUUCAGAGCUGCCCGGAGUUUUCUUGCAGUGCAGCUCUGCCACAUUUCUGCAGGAAUGGCCCUGCUGCUUCCUUCUCAUCCACAAGUCUCAAUGUCGCUGCUUCUGCUGCUGUCCGUGCUCAGCUUGGCUGCAGGUGGGAAGCUGCUGGUGGUGUUUGUGGAUGGCAGUCCCUGGUUCAGCGUGCUGGAAAUGUUAGAAAUUCUGAAGCAGAAAGGACAUGAAAUAGUCGUUGUUGCACCUGAAGCCAAUAUAAAUGUAAAGCCAUCAGGGAAUGUUACUGUGAAAACCUACCCAGUUACCUUCCCACAGGAAGAGAUGGAUGACAAUUUCCACAGAUUUGUAACGAAUUCAUUUGAAGAAGGAUCAUUUCUGGAAAGAUUUUUUAGAUUACGUGAAAAUAUGAAAAAAGGCUUUGAUUUAGGUUUCCUAUCCUGUAAACAGUUACUGCACAACAACGAACUUAUCCGAUAUCUGGAGGAGAGUAAGUUCGAUGCUCUCUUUACAGAUCCUAUCCUAUCUUGUGGAGCGAUACUAGCUGAGCAUCUUUCCAUCCCUUCUGUGUAUUUCAUGAGAGGAAUACCCUGUGGAUUAGACUUUGAGGCCACUCAGUGCCCCAAUCCCCCUUCUUAUGUCCCCAGGCUAUUUUCAGACCAUACAGAUCACAUGAACUUCCUCCAGCGUGUGAAGAAUGUCAUCUUUGACAACUCCAAUCUCUUUCUUUGUGACUUCAUUUUUAAACCAUUUGAAAAACUGGCUUCUGAGUUCCUUCAGCGAGAUGUGACCAUGCUAGAUCUCUAUCGUAAGGCUUCCGUAUGGCUUCUGAGGUAUGACUUUGUGCUAGAAUAUCCAAGACCAUUGAUGCCCAACAUGAUUGCAGUUGGAGGAGUAAACUGUGCUCACAAGCAGCUCUCUCAGGUGGGUUGUGCUCUGGUUUUAGUUCUUGCCUUAUAGAGUUCUUUGCUUCUGCUUUUGCUGCGUAGGCAGCUCCAUCUUUCACUUGCAAAGUAUGCUCAAACGAGAGUCAGCAAGUUGUUUCUAACUUGCUUUUGUUUUGCUUUUAAGGCAUCAUUCUCCCAGUUGGUUGAGGAUAGGCAAGUGCGUGUGGUGAGUGUAGGCAAGUUUCCCUUCUCUGCAUGCCACCGGAGUGGUGCUCCACCGUGAGAGCUCCAACCUUCAUUAGGAAGCAAAUCUGUGUGAAGGAAAUGUAUCCAUCAACACUGGAUUUGUAACAGACUGCUUUUCAUUAUGUGUUAUUGAACUACUUUUGUAUGGAGUCGAGUACCUUUGCUGGUCUCAUGAGUACCUCGCAGUGAGUGAAGGAAGGUUGGUAGAAAAUGUG